AUGGUUCUUUGCUUGAUCUCGUUCUCGGUGAUGGCCGCCGAUAAGAACCGAGGGUGGACGCUUGAUUCCUUCGAUCGGUAUAAUGAGUACAGGUACUGCUUGUCAGUGAAUGUGAUUGGAUUCUUAUAUGCUGGGUUCCAAGCUUUUGCAGAACUGCAUCAUAGGGUUAAUAAGAGGAAUAUCAUCACUAAGCCCCUUGGAUUUUAUUUCGAUUUUGCCAUGGAUCAGAUCCUAGCGUACCUUCUGAUAUCCGCAUCAUCAUCUGCAACCUCUCGCACUGAUUACUGGGUUACCAACUGGGGCAACGAUCCAUUCCCGAGCAUGAUCAGCGGCUCAGUCGCCAUGUCUUUCUUGGCUUUCAUGGCAUUUGCUGUAAGCUCUCUCAUCUCCGCUUACAACCUCUUCUCCUCUCGAAAUCUUUAAAUGCGUAUCCAUAUUUUACGCUGAAAUGUGAUUUUUAUGGAAUUUGCAAUGUUGUAAACAUCAUAGCUGUUUUCACGGUAUAAGCACGAAAAAAAAUAUCGCAAAGUGUUGUAAAUUUUAUAAUUAGUUCUUGUAGUGAUUUGUUUUUCUUUCAUGGCAUUUGCUGUAAGCUCUCUGCGCACAACAACUUCUCCUCUCGUAGUAUUUAGAGCCCAUAUUUAUAAUUUUUGCGCUUAAAUUUGAUUUUAUGUACCGAGUGGUUUUUAUGGGGUUGGCAUUAUUGUUAACAUUGCAGCAGGUUCUCACGAUGUAAACAGGAAAAAGUAUUGCAUAAUGUUGUAAGAUCUGUAAUUAGUUUUUGGAA